GUAACUCAUUCAUUAAUCAAAAUGUGUAAAAUGAAAUGCAUGUGGGUCAUACUAGCGUGCUCUAUUAUUAUGACUACAGGGUUAAAUGAAAAACAAAUGCAAGCUGCUAUAAAAGUUGUUACAAAUGUAUGUUCCCAAAAAGCAAAAGCAACUUUAGAGGAAAUCGAGAAAAUGCACCAUGGAGAUUGGGAAGUGGAUCAUUCUGCCAUGUGCUACAUGUGGUGUGCUUUUAACAUGUACAAAUUGAUGCACAAAAACAACACACUUAACUAUGCUUCAGCUGUGCAACAACUGACUCAGUUACCAGACAGUUAUUACCCAUCUGCAGUAUUGUGUACGGAAAAAUGCAAAGAUGAAGCUAAGACCUUAAACGAUAAAUGCGUUGCCACUUUUGAACUUUCCAAAUGUAUGUACUUCUGCAAUCCUGAGAAGUAUUUCCUUCCCUAAAAUUUACUGGAUACGUGGUCACAGUGUUUAGUAUAAAUUUAGAACGAAAAAAUAAAUAGUCUGUAACCAAAAA